GUAACUAAAAGAUAUUACAAAUGGGAGAGACCAAGAUCUUGAAAUAUAUUACUAUUAUUAUAGUGAAUAUGUUGUUCUUGUUCAUCCAUGUUAGAUCUGAAGUAGUUUAUACAGUUGGUGAUGAAGAAGGCUGGACUUCUGAUUCAAAUUUUGGUUCAUGGUCACACAAAUAUAAUUUUAGUGUUGGCGAUGUUCUUGUUUUCAAGUAUGUGAAGGGACAACACAAUGUGUAUGAGGUAAUGGAGAAGACAUAUAGAUCAUGUGAUACAAGCAGUGGAGUUAUAGCAAAAUAUGAGAGUGGAAAUGAUGAAAUAAAACUCACCCAACAAAAGAAGUAUUGGUUCAUUUGCAAUGUAGAUGGGCAUUGUCUUGGAGGAAUGAGAUUUGAGAUUGAUGUUAAAAGACAAUCCAUUUCUACUUCAAAUGGUGAACCAAUUCCACCACCAACCUCUUCUACUACAAAGCAUGCCUUGGACCCAUGGAAUAUUUAUUGCCUUGUUGCAUUUGGAAUUUUAUUCAAAUUCAAUUGA